AUGCAGCGGACGUAUACGCCGGCUUCCCAUUGCCUCGGUGCACGGGUGUUUGCUCACCUAGUAGCUGCACUGCGGCACCAGAGUACCCGCAGUGCAGCUGCCGUUGCGGCGAAGGAAGUGCCGUCAUCGUCACUCUCUGGCGGCCCGCAGACGCUACGGAUUCGCUCUCGCGCCUAUGGCCCCUCUUCAGAUCUCCUGAAGGGCAUUCCGGAGUAUGUCGCGCUAAACGUGGAGGCGACCCUUCACCCGGAAGACGCAGCGGUGCUGCGCGCCGUCCUGGGCUUCUCGAUGCCGAACCUCGCCAGUGUGCGUGUUACGCCGGUACUGCCGCACGGGGUGUACGAAACCAGGGCUCCUCACUGCACCGGUGCCGCCUACCCGACUGAUAUCAUCAGCUCCACCGAGCGAGAGGUGAUGGAGAGGUGUCUGCAGGAGCAACUGACAGUGGUGGCUAACCUUGUUGUGGACCAAGUUGAGCAGCGCACCGGGCAUCAGUUGGAUGCCCUGCACGUGUCGUAUGCGGAUAAAAUGAAGAGCUUCUCGGAGAUUGUGCUUAAUAGUAUCCAUGACGAGCUGCGGCAACUCCGCGUCGUGCGUGAGCGACAUGGUUCCACGGAGCGAGGAAUUCCCAGUGCUGCCCCUUGCCCCUCUCCAACGGCCCUCGACGUGGAGACGGUAGCGCGACUGGUUAGUGCACGCGUUGCCGAGCAGCUUGCAGGAGUCAACCUAGCCACCCCACCCUUCACCACCACCACCAUCACCCCGACCCCAAGCAGCGGCAUAGCUCAUCAACUUGCUCGUUUGGAGGCAAGCACGGCAGCGCACUUUGAGGACUUGCAGAAGCGCGUCACGAUUGCAAUUGAGGGCCGUGACACGCCCGCGCAGUCCUCGACGUUGGUGGAUCUCCGCGCUGCCGUCGUGGAGGCGGUUCAGAAGGUGGCCGCCGAGCAGCAGGAGAGUCUCUCGAACUUGAUCGGUGACCUCUUGACUGACAAAGUGGCAGCGCGUGGAAGUGGCUCCGCCGCCGCUGCCAACACGGCAUUCGACAUGAGGACAAUCGAAGAGAGCGUCGAGAACGCCGUGCAGUCGGCCACCAAUGAGCUGCGCCGCACCAUCACCAGCGAGGUGAAGAAGCUUGCAAAGGCGAAGGGCACCGGCGGCGAAGUCACAGGGGGCGCCGCAGUGGACGCGGACAUGGCGAUUGAAAUUGAAAAAGUUUUCGACGCUGUACAGUCGACGCAAAGCCGUCUUACGGCGGUGGACGAAACCGUGGGAGACGUCUUCAAAGAGCAAGCCGCCACCCAGGACGCACUGCGGGCUAUGCAGGAGCUCCUGCACCGUCAACUCAACGAGCUGCGUAGCACUGUAGCCACCGCGGCUGCUGCUCCAGCUAGUGAUGCCUCGGAGGCAGCUCAGCAGAGGAUCGUGGAGGCAUUGGAGCAGCUGCGCCGCGACGUGUCGGCGACAAAUGCUGCCCUGGCAAUUCACCAAGGCGACACGCCGCACCAACUCAUGACGGUGGCGCAGGUGGUGAGCGACAGCGUCACGGCUGCCAUCCAACAGCAGACGAGGGAGGCCGUGCAGUCCGCCAUGUCCGCCAUCCAGGAGCAGCUAGAUGCGCUCCGAGAAGCCAAAGAGACUGUGUCGGUCCCCGCCCCCACUCCGCCACCACCUGCCACUGCUCUCCCGCUCGCGCUGCCUUCGCAGGAGGUGCUGGCGGACGCCGUGGAGGCUGUGCUCUCGCCACGGUGGGCGGAGCUGUCUGUCCAAGUGGAGAAAAUGAACACCGCAAACCAACUCGCCAUUGAGCAGAAGCUGCUGCGCAUCGCCGACAGCGUGUCGACCUCCGUCGCGGCAAGUCUGCAGGCGCAGCUGGAGGAGAUGCGCACUGCUGCCCAGAGCCAACCACGAGUGGAGAAUGGGGAUGAGGAGCAGGACUCCAUCAGCACCAAUACGUCACCGGUCGCCACGGAGGCGCUGAUGGAGAAAGUGACACACGAGCUCACGACCCUUCGUGAGGAGCUGCUGCAGGCGCUGCAGGUUCAAGUAGGUAAGACGCCGGAGGUAAACUUGACUCCCCUGUACAAGUACAUUGAUAGCGUCCUGGUCUUCAUGAAGGAAGAACUCAGCCUUCAGGAGACAAACCUGACGGCUAAGAUGACGUCGCUCGCGGAAACCGUGACGGCCGCCGUACGCACGCAACAAGAGGCCGCAUCAUCCAGUGCCUCUCUUUCAAGACUGAAGGAAGAGGAGCAGGCUGCGAGGGAAUUGGAGAAGGAAGCGGAGGCGUCGAAAGCGGCGGCUGUUGCAGAUGCGCCGCCUUCAGCCGCUCCCGCCGCCGCGUUGUCUGAUAUGGUGGAGCUUUUCUCACCGAUGGGUGCCGCUCUUGAAGCUCACGCUGCCGCAUUGCGCCGCCUCGAGGAACGGUUGGAUGAAGUCAGCCGCACCGCCAACGUCUCGUCAGUGCUGAUGCGUCUACAGGAGGCCUCCGAGCAGUUCAGCAGCGCCUCUCUCGCAGUUGCUGCGGCGCAGACGUCAGAGCGAGACACAUUGCAGGCGCUCUUCCAGGAUCGCAUCACAUCCCUCGUGCAGACACUCGAGGAUCGCGAUGCCCAGCUCAUGGAGGCCAUGCGUAACGCCGCCACAAGUAGUGAGAUGAGGGCGCAGUUGAACAACAUGCAGGGCGCCAUCCAGUCCAUGUCACAGGCACAGAAGGAGGAGCUGCUGGCCUCAUUGCGCGAGGCUGUGUCUGGCAGCGAAAAAGAGCAGGCGCAGCGCAGCGACGCUUUGCUGGCCAGAAUGGCGGCGAUGCAGGAGGCGCUCCAGGAACAGAACGUGGCUGUUCAGCUUCUUCUGCCGUCUCCGGCGCUUAUUGGACUCUCGGCGGAGCAGCAGCGGGCUGUGGCUCGGAUUCGCACAGCUACGCGGGAUCGUCUUCGCAGCGUCACUCAGCUCAUCAGCAACCUCGCGUCGGCACCGGCCGGCAAGAACGCACGUGCUGCCACGAAGGCACUGCAGGACGAACUCGACGGCCUGCGCCAACUUCAGGACGAGGAGGCGGCCUUUGUGCGCGAAACCAGCGCGACUGGUGCAGGGCCAGUGACGGUGCAGUCUAUCUUGCAGGCAGAGGUGCAGCGGGUGCAAGAGGAGAUGCACAAGGGCAUGCAGGAGCUGAGCAGCCAGGGCCAUUCUCUGCAGCGUGACAUCGCCACGGCGGUGCAAUCGCUCGUGGCGAAGAUCGAGGACGUAGAGGGCAGCACGAGCAGCCUUCCUGUCUUGGCUGACAUCCAGCAACUACUGGACGCCACGGUGGUCCGCGUCACUUCUCGGCAAAGCGACGAGGGCGCCCGUGCCUCGCAGGUAGUAGAGGCAGCAGCGACCCGCUCCGCUGCGGAGUUGAGGACGACUGUGCAGACGGCGCUGGCGGAAAACGUGUCAGCUGCAGAGCAGCGUCUCAUCCCCGCCUACCACGCCAAAGUGGUGUCCACGCUGCAGACGCAUCUCACGACACACUCGGAGGAGAUCAGGGCUGCCGUGAGCGUCGUGACGGACACCACCACAGCGGCUGUGCAGAGGAUAGAAACUAUCGCACGGGACAUGACGAGCCGGUAUUCAAGCGCGGCGCAAGAGUACGCGACGUCACAAGACGCUGUGAAGCUUCACUUGAGCAGCGGCAAACCCACGUCGUAUAUAUCGCUCUGGUGGCUCAUCGUGAACCCGCUGCUGGUGUGUUUGGUGGUGCUUCUCAGCAUGUACUACGUGUUUGCUUGCCUUCUUUUAGCAUUCGUGCCAAAACCCUCGGAGGAAGGCAGUAGUGCAGGAGAGAGUGCGACCAGUGCAGCAGCGAUGGCGGUGGCGACGGGUUCCGAACCAGUAGGGUUUUCUUCCGAGACGCCGCGCAAGGGUGGCCGCUACGUUGAUCAGUACAUGUAG